AUGGACCAUCACUGUCCUUGGCUCAACAACUGUGUCGGCUUUUACAAUAGGAAGUUCUUCCUCCAGUUGUUGGUUUAUGUUUACAUCUGUCUGGCUUUGGUCCUCCUGUUUGGUUUUCCCCGAGUCGUUGCUGUACUUGACGAUCGCCUUAACCACGGCAGUGGUUCUAUACUGUUGAACCUUCGCAACCUCUCCGGUUUGCUAUCUUAUGUGGUGUCUAUACUAUUGGCGAUUUCAUUGUUAAGCUUCGUCAAGUUCCAUCUGGGAUUGGUACGGGAUAACUUCACUACUAUUGAGAACUUCGAAAGGGAGCCGAUGGUGAAAUCUAAAUAUGAUGUUGGUGAACGAUCCAAUGUAGAGCAGGUUAUGGGUGCUAAUCCGUGGCUGUGGUGGUUACCCUUACAUACUAAGUAUAGUAGACCUGUCGGAGAUGGAGUGAACUGGCGUAUAAGGACGCCUGGUGGGGGUGUUGCAAUGAGUGUUAUGAGAGUGCCCACAACGAGUGGACCUCCUGGGGGGAUGUCCUUGCAAGAGGACUUGGAAGCUGGUCGCGGUGAUCAUCGUGAUACACAAACUAGUGCGCGUCGUAGACGAUCUCACCGACGUGCGGUACGGCGUAAUUUGCAGCAUCGUAUAAACGACUACACUCGCUGUGUUUUCCUAUUGUUCUGUAGUUUGCUGGCGCUCACGUUGAUAAUACUCGCUGUGUUAUAUCAGGUGAUAUCGGCUUUACGUAUUGUACCCGUCGGAGAGGCUUCGAAAGUCGCAGAGGAGUGCAGUGUCUGUUUGACCGAGUUCAGUGGAACUCCAUCAACGACUAGUGGUGUUGAAAUUAUACGGGAAACCCCAUGCCAGCAUUAUUUCCAUCACGAAUGUCUGAUCAACUGGGCGAAGAAACACACGGAUGUUGUGAUCGACAAGGAUGCCCUCAUGGCCCAUCUCUGUGGUGAGGCUAAGAUUGAUACUAACGAGUUGAUGGAAACAGCGGUUAAGACUGUUCCGAAACUGCGUAUAAUCCCUCUGGCAUUCGCAGCUGCUGAAAGUGAUCAUAUUGGGGUGCAGAUGUAUGUGGAUGAUAAUGCUGGCGAAGUUGGGUUGAAGGAAAACGGUCGUGCUGGUGGCAUUGCGGCGAUUUGUGGUUGUCCUCGACAGUCCAUCCGAGGUGACGUUUUCAUCAGCAGAGUGUUUAGCGAUGGCGAUCACUGGUGGAGGGAGGAUUUUGAAAUAGCAGAUAUUCGUCCCAGUGCGGAGUGGAUUCAGACAGCGCAUAAGGUGAAGGCUCGUCUUGAGGAAGAGGCGAAGGAGGCGUUGGAAAAGGCAGCGGACCCGUUGGCCGAUCUACCAGAAGGUUAUUACGAUCUAGAAGCCGUGGACGAUAGUGAUGAUGAUGAUAAUAAUGAUGAAGAACAUAAGGAGUCGGACAGAGCAGUGGCUCCUAUGGUGAAGAGGUCUGAGGAUAUUAAUGCACUGGAUAGCAACACUUACAGAGACAACUAUCGAUUUCGCCAGAUGAAAAACAAAGUGACGGUGGCGAUGGAGAUUGAUGACGACGUGCGUGAGGAUGAUGUUCGGGUCACCAUCCGACCGAAUCAUCUCACGGUUCGUAUCAAGGGCUCAGCUGAGGGUCUCGAUGGUGAGUUGAGCGGCAAGGUUGUGCCUGGGAAGUCGUCUUGGGAGGUGGACGAUGGUGAAGUGAAGAUUACUUUACAGAAGGCCGCUAUGAGUGAUCCGGAAGAUGAGGAUAGGCAAUGGUUCGACUGGUGGGGUGACCUUUGGGCAACGAAGAAGAUGUAA